AUGCAAUCCGAUGAUGUGAUUUGGGAUGUUGUAGGCAAGAAUUUUUGUUCUUAUAAACGAAAGUUUAAAGACAUUGUUUUAUGUCAGCAUCCGUAUAAUGUGACAGGGUUAUGUAUGAGAACCACGUGUCCUUUGGCGAAUGGGAAUUAUGGUACGAUACUGGAGGAGGAUGGAGUAUGCUUUCUAUAUUUAAAGACUGUAGAGAGAUCUCAUACUCCUCGUUAUAUGUGGGAGAAAAUCCGCUUGAGUGAAGAUACAGGUAAAGCGUUUGAGCAGAUUGACAGGCAUAUGAUGAACAUUUAUAAAGACUAUCAAAUCCAGCGUUGCAAAAAACGCCUCUGUAAGAUACGUGAAUACUUGCGACGGAUGACACAUAUGGCGGCUCAGCCGAAGAAAGUUCUAGAGUAUGAGACAGGCAAGGUGCGGCGAAGGGAGCGAAAACGAGAAGUUGUAGCUCUCCGAGCGGCCCAGCUACAAACGACAGUGGAGAGAGAAUUAGUUUCCCGACUAGCCGCCGGUCACUAUGGGGACAUUUACAACUUCUCACCAGCCUUCAAUGAACUCCACGAUGAGGAAGAAGAAGAUGAAGAGGAGAUAGAACGUGGCUAUGAUGAAGGUCCAGAAGACGAAUUAGAGGACGAUAUAGAAGAAAUGUUCUAG